AUGGCUGAGAAACGACAAACAGAGGCCACCUGUAAUCUUGGAAACACCAACAAGAUUGCCGAUGAAGUUGGAGAGAGGACAGAGGAAGAAAAAGGGAAUAGUACAAUUGGCGACGCCUCUGUCAACUUUAAAGAUUUCCAGAACUCCAUAAACUACCUUGAAAUAUGCCUCAAAUUUUUCAGACAAGUGGGAGACAGGGAAAGAGAAGGAAUUGCCUACUGUUCUCUUGGCAAUGCCUAUGACAGUCUUGGAGAUUUUCAGAAAGCCAUAGAGUACCAUGAAGGAGACCUCAAAAUUUCCAAAGAAGUGGGAGACAGGGCAGGAGAAGGAAGAGCGAACUGUAAUCUUGGCAAUGCCUAUCACAGUCUUGGAUAUUCCCAGAAAGCCAUAGAGUACCAUGAACGACACCUCAAAAUUUCCAAAGAAGUGGGAGACAGGGCAGGAGAAGGAAAAGCUUACGGUAACCUUGGCAACGCUUUUACAAAUCUUGGAGAUCUCCGGAAAGCCAUAGAGUACCUUGAACGAGACCUCAUAAUUUCUAAAGAAGUGGGAGACAGGGCAGGAGAAGGAAUAGCGUACUGUAAUCUUGGCAACGCCUAUUACGGUCUUGGAGAUUUCCAGAAAGCGUUACAGUACCAUGAACGCGACCUCAAAAUUGCCAAAGCAAUAGGAGACAGGGCAGGAGAAAGAAAAGCGUACGGUAAUCUUGGCUGCGCCUGUCACAGUAUUGGAGACUUCCAGAAAGCCAUAGAGUACCAUGAACGAAACCUCAAAAUUUCCAAAGAAGUGGGAGACAGGGCAGGUGAAAGAAACGCGUACGGUAAUCUUGGCUGCGCCUAUAACUGUCUUGGAGAUUUCCAGAGAGGCAUAGAGUACCAUGAACAAAACCUCAAAAUUUCCAGAGAACUGGGAGACAGGGCAGGUGAAAGAAAAGCGUACAGUAACCUUGGCAACGACUAUGACCGUCUUGGAAAUUUCCAGAAAGCUUUAGAGUACCAUGAACGAUACCUCAAAAUUUCCAAAGAAGUGGGAGACAGGGCAGGAGAAGGAAAAGCGUACGGUAAUCUUGCCAACGCCUAUGAUAAUCUUGGAGAUUUCCAGAAAGCCAUAGGGUACCAUGAACGACACCUCGAAAUUUCCAAAGAAGUGGGAGACAGGGCAGGAGAAGGAAAUGCGUACGGUAAUCUUGGCAACGCCUAUGACAGUCUUGGAAAUUUCCAGAAAGCCAUAGGGUACCAUGAACGACACCUCAAAAUUUCCAAAGAAGUGGGAGACAGGGCAGGAGAAGGAAAAGCGUACGGUAAUCUUGGCAACGUUUUUAUAAAUCUUGGAGAUUUCCAGAAAGCCAUAGAGUACCAUGCACGACACCUCAAAAUUUCCAAAGAAGUGGGAGACAGGGAAGGAGAAGGAAUAGCGUACGGUAAUCUUGGCAACACCUAUGGUAGUCUUGGAGAUUUCCAGAAAGCUUUAGAAUACCAUGAAAGACACCUCAAAAUUUCCAAAGAAAUGGGGGACAGGGCAGGAGAAGGAAAAGGGUACUGUAAUCUUGGCUGCGCCUAUAACAGUCUUGGAGAUUUCCAGAAAGCCAUAGAGUACCAUAAACGACACCUCAAAAUUUCCAAAGAAGUGGGAGACAGGGCAGGAGAAGGAAAAGCGUACGGUAACCUUGGCAACACCUAUAACAGUCUUGGAGACUUCCAGAAAGCCAUAGAGUACCUUGAACGGAACCUCAAAAUUUCCAAAGAAGUGGGAAACAGGGCAGGAGAAGGAAAAACCUACUGUAAUCUUGGCAGUGCUUAUGACAGUCUUGGAUAUUUCCAGAAAGCCAUAGAGUACCAUGAACGAGGCCUCAAAAUUUCCAAAGAAGUGGGAGACAAGGCAGGAGAAGGAAGAGCGUACUGUACUCUUGGCAACGCUUUUAGAAAUCUUGGAGAUUUCCAGAAAGCCAUAGAGUACCAUGAACGAGGCCUCAAAAUGUCCAAAGAAGUGGGAGACAGGGUAGGAGAAGGAAGAGCGUACUGUAAUCUUGGCAACGCCUAUUACGGUCUUGGAGAUUUCCAGAAAGCCAUAGAGUACCAUGAACAACACCUGAAAAUUUCCAAAGUAGUGGAAGACAGGGUAGGAGAAGGAAAAGCAUACGGUAAUCUUGGCUGCGCUUGUAACUGUCUUGGAGAUUUCCAGAAAGCCAUAGAGUACCUUGAACGAGACCUCAAAAUUUCCAAAGAAGUGGGAGACAGGGCAGGAGAGGGAAAAGCCUACUGUAAUCUUGGCAACGCCUAUGACAGUCUUGGAGAUGUCCAGAAAGCCAUAGAGUACCAUGAACGAGGCCUCAAAAUUUCCAAAGAGGUGGGAGACAGGGCAGGAGAAGGAAAAGUGUAUGGUAAUCUUGGCAACGCUUUUAGAAAUCUUGGAGAUUUCGAGAAAGCCAUAGAGUACCAUGAACAACACCUCAAAAUUUCCAAAGAAGUGGGAGACAGGGCAGGAGAAGGCAAUGCGUACUGUAAUCUUGGCAACGCCCAUAUCAGUUUUGGAGAUUUCCAGAUAGCGGUUCACUGUUAUAAGAAUAGUCUCAUUGCCUUCGACCAUAUCAGGGGAAAUCUCAUAUCUAAUGACGAAUGGAAGAUUAGUCUUGGGAGUACUUAUAAUGAUAUUAAUUUGAAGCUAUGGGGGCUACAGUUGAAGGAAGGUAAAGUCGUUGAGGCACUUUUAACAGCUGAUCAUGGACGUGCGCAAGCCUUAAAUGAUCUUUUGGAGUUCAAAUAUGGGUUAAAAGGGUUAUCUCCAGAAAUAGGAACACUCUCUGCAACAACAACUGACAUUCUUAGUUACCUACCAUCAAAUACAGCUUUUAUAGGUAUCAACGAGGGAGAAAUAGUCCUCUGGGUGAACGAGAAAGGAAAAGAAAUCAAAACUAGAGGAACUCAGAUCGAUAUCUCCGUCACAACCUAUUUUCAGUCUCUAUUGGAGACUGUACAUGAAGAAAUAGGUGUGAGAGCUGAUGUUAACUGUGAAGAUCGCUCAUUAAGGAACCCGACCGAAAAACAGCUAGCGGAAAAAAGAUCCAGUAAGCCAAGGUCUCAUUCCUCAUCUUUUGAGACAAAGUCAUUGCAAACAUUUUACAAUGUUGUUAUGGACCCUAUAAGAGACUUACUCCAAAGCGAUGAGCUUGUGAUUGUUCCACAAGGACCUCUUUGUCUGGCCCCUUAUGCUGCUUUCAUGGACUUGGAAUCAAAGUUCCUCUGCGAAACUUUUAGAAUUCGCCUACUUCCCUCACUUUCUAGUCUGCAAUUAAUCCAAAAUUGUCCAGCAGAUUGGCACAGCAAGACUGGCGCUCUUCUUGUCGGCGAUCCGUGGGUACAGGAGGUAGUUUACGAAGGAAUGACGCUAGAACAGUUAGAGUGGGCUGAAAAGGAAGUGGAGAUGAUUGGGAAAAUUCUUCAAACUGAACCUAUCGUUGGAAAGCAGGCAACAAAAGAUGAAGUCUUAACACGUAUCUCCUCGGUUGCUUUGGUGCACAUUGCUGCUCACGGUAAAAUGGAAACAGGAGAAAUUGCCUUGGCCCCAAACACAACACGUUCAUCCGUGAAUCCAGCCAAGGAGGAUUACCUCUUAACUAUGAAAGAUGUUUUAGAGGCGCAAAUUAGGGCAAGACUUGUUGUACUUAGUUGUUGUCAUAGUGCCCGGGGAGAAGUCAAAUCUGAGGGUGUGGUCGGUAUUGCACGGGCAUUUUUAGGUGCUGGUGCUCGCUCUGUUCUGGUGUCCUUGUGGGCGAUCGACGACGAAGCUACUAUGCAGUUCAUGAAAGUUUUCUACCAACAACUAGUCCAUGGACGAAGUGCCAGUGAGGCUCUAAAUAAAGCCAUGAAAUCCAUGAGAGAAUCUGACCGCUUUAACGCAUUGAAGUACUGGGCACCUUUUGUUCUCAUUGGUGAUGAUGUAACGCUCGAGUUUGAGGGCAUCCAAUAAAUAGCAAGGUAUUUUGUGAUAUAUUUAAACCUUGGAUCAUAUUACGUGCUUUAUGAAACGUAAUUUUAGCAAGGAAUUAUUUUUGCCAUUUUUUUGAUCAACGAACUCAACCGGUGCCACGUAGCGUCAAUCUGCCAAUCACAUGUCAAGUUCACAACAACAAAGGUGUCUGACUUUGGUAGUUCUUUGGCAGAUAAACACUAGGCUCCAGGCUCAUGAUUUUUUCACAUUUCUAAGUGUCCGCGGUGGCCUCGUCUGAGUUCGUUCCACAGCAACUUACAGUCGAACCUGACGUAAGCGACGACCCAAAAUGCGAAGAUCAAAUUUCUGGUCCCUUAUUUUACGGAAGGUGGUCGCUUAGUCAAGUCUCCUACAAAUGGUAAAUCCUCUACUAAGCCUUCCGGGGGUUUAUUUAUUUCAAGAACGUUCUUGAGGGGGGAGGGGUUUAUUUACUUAAGGGAAGAUUGUGAUAUCCAUUCCCCGUAAAGAACUAUAAGAACCGAAAGUGGAAAAGCUCAGGCAAACGAAGUCGGAGGUCAUCAAGCCGAAGAUCAAAAUCAAAUGCGAACUUUCAGCUCAUGAAUAUUGGAUGAUCAGUCCACUUGAAAUGUUACAGUCGUGAUAAAUUAAUACAUCUAUCAUCCGUCUAUUAUUUAAGAAUAGGGAGAGGAUGCUGGAAAGAGAUAGGAGGUUUAAAAUUCCUCUGAAAAGGGGAGCCUAUUAGAGAGGGGGGGUUAAUGUAGAAUUUAUGGUAUGCAAGUUUAUAUAAAUCUGCAAUAAGUCUAAUCAUUGGUUGAAGUUUUAAUAAGACCCUUUGCUCUUGACUAAUAGAUUUAGGGCGUGUUCGAUUCACCGUAUUCCGCGUCUCAAAUAAAAAUAAAUGGAGUCACUCGCUAGAAAUCACUUGUUCUGUCUUAAAUUGUGCUUCAAUAUCUACAAAACUGCUGGUAAUGAAGCAUUCUGGUCUAAAUAAGCUUAAAAUGGUUCAAAAAUUAGGUUGUAGAAGAGGUUUGUAACAAAAUUUUUGCGUAUUCUUAUUCCGGAGUACGAUCAAUCGAGCGCGCUCUUAGAAGUCAGUUGUCAAAAUGUUAUGCCUCGCCAGAUGAAAUCACUAUCCUUUUCUUUUGUUAGCUUGCUAAUGUUGCUUUGUGCUGUUGUUGUUUUUGUCGUAUAGGUAUGAUGAAGAAUGCAGUGAAGCAGUUCCUAACUAUCUGAAGUUGAAGUCAGUUUCUUGAUUUUUGUCGCAAUUUUGAGGUGGAGCGUUCCUCGCAGGAAUAGGAACACUUUAUCCCGAAGAGAAAAUUAAAUGCUGUUGCUAAAUAAGUUGAAGCUUUGCGUAGUUUGAAACUGACAGUGUACGUUUCGUAGCUUAUUUUACGACUAGUCGUGUGCACUUGAAACUUCUUUUACAGUCACCUGAAAAAUAUCAGGAAUCAGUAGUCAAUUUCUGCUAUUUUCAUUGAUACCACAUUGGACAGAGGCAAUUUAGACUAGCAAUUUAAUAUAGUUCGUCACUGUUAUACUAUUUACACAGUUGUAGUUUUUAAUUCUUUUGGCAGAUUGGUGUCUAGAUUGGUCACCAUUCUAAUACUAAAGUCAAAUUCCCUGUUCAGUCAUUAUGUUAAAUCACUAAUGAUUGCAGUUUUACAUUUACUUGUCUUUUUGAUAGAUGAAGGAUUUCUAUUUCAUAGCCCAGGCUUUUUUGCGUUCCCCACGUUGUUUUUACCAUCAAGUUUUCUGUUUUCUCUUAUCGACACCUUUUACAUACAAGAGGUUAAGCCAGAGAGAAAAAAGAAAGACAACUAACUAGUGAACUGAUUAAACUGCGUAAUUGUUCAGUGCCUGGUCAAAACAAAUUGAAGAGUCCGUUGAUCUCUGUUAUGUAGAAAAAAGAAUUUCCAAGUUUGAUUUAAGUCUACUUGACUUUUAAUUAUACAUCUGUAAAGAGAAUACGUUUUACACCUGACCUAAAUUGUACCUAUAAAAAUUAACUUCUCUAAAUAAAUUUAUCGUUUUGCGUAUCUAAACUGGUGUCUAUAAUAAGUGUCAAAGCAAUGAUGUGGAACUUAAUUGUAAUGCUGACAAGGAACGUAUACCUUCUUGCGUAAGGUUAUUAACCACUGGCCUACAAAUGUGGUAUACCUCACUGAAGAGGUGUCCUGAUUGGCUGAUCGAAAUCUUGGUUAAUAAGUUUUUUACACGAAAUGGAAAAUUGAAUCAACUUAGAUAAAAUAAAAAAAUAAAUAGGAUUCCUUAUUAGACAACGUUUCUGAUAUAGGGUUGUCUAUUGAUACCACCUGUUGAAUGUAGCAGGCGUAGCAACUUCAAAAAGCGUUGCAAGCGUAGUCAACAUAGCAAGGGCAGAAAGUGUAGCAAGCAAACGUAGCAAGGAUAGUAAAUAUAGCAAAUGAACUGUAGCAAGCGCAGCAAGUGUAUCGUAGCAAGCGUAUAGCAAACGAAACAAGUGUAGCUAGCAAGCGUAGAAAUUGUAGCAAGAGUAACAAGUGUACUCAUACAUGAGGUAAGACGUUACCGUUAAAGCAAGCAAUGGAUACCAGGGGUUUUUCCCCCUCUACUUCGUUUAAACCACGGAUCUACGUUUAUAUCACAGGUCCGCAUUUCUCGAGACUCCCGAAAGACUUACAUCAUUAAAAAUAAUCGGAUUUCUAACAUUUUUUGACUAUUUUUAGGAAAGCCCCGGCUAUAAAAUGGAAAAAUAAAUUGGGAAAAGUGCUAGAAAACAAACUUGAAAAAUUAUCUUUGGGCAUGAAACGUUUCCCCCAGUUUUGAGAGACGCACAUCCUGUGGUUUUGAUAUUGCCUCAUUCCGUUACUGCGACUUCACCAAUUAAACGUCAGAAGCUCUGGGAAUGGCUGGAGUCCGGUUAAUAGAGUUUUGGCUGUAUCUUUGUCUACCUGUUAUAAGAAAUUCAAGCUAAAUUCAGCCUCCAGCAAAUAUGAAAGCAGUACAAACCAGCUGCAAUCCUUGCACGAUUAAAAUGGACAACCUUCCUCAGUUCCAGAAUAUUUUUGUCGCAUGACAUUUUACAUUGAAAAUCAGUACGUUUCCCGUCUUUAUGCCCUUUUCAGGUUUCUAGUUUCUAAGUGGUACAAAGGAAGGUUGUUUAAAGGGACGACGUUCCUACCCCUAAACUGAACUAUACUGUAAAAGAUCCAUUAAACCCCUGGGGUAUGUGUGCGUCUUGGUAAAUAAAUGUGCCAAAAUAUAUACAUUACGAUUUCGUCCCCGAUGUCAAUGUCGAUGUUGUAAAAGUGGUCCUAAACUUGCAUAGAGAGCUUAGAUUUACGCCCUUCUGCUUGAUCUUGCCUGGGAUAAAACGUUUUCGGCAAAAAAUAAUUGAUAACAAACCCUUCAAAGGUGUUGCUUGUAUUAUGUGUAUGAUUGAACUAGAUAUGGUGCGCACUUAGUAGGUUGAGUGUGCCUUUUGGUCGAGGGUCGAGGGUAACUAGUCGAGGGUCGAGGGUAAAUGGUCGAGGGUCGAAAAAUCCUCCACAAUUAUUUUUGAACGUCGUCAAAUCAAAAUUUCGUGUUUACUCGAGUUUCCGGUACCUGUUUUAUUUUUACGUUAACACCUAGGGGCACGUGUAUCAUUUGUCUUUGUAACACUCGAGUAAAUAAUAUUGAAUAUUCAUAGCACACAUGGUUUUGUUGUCUAAUAUUUCACUCGCUUAUAACUAAUUGAGGGUCGAAAAAUCCUCCACAAUUAUUUCUGAACGUCGUCAAAUCAAAUUUUCAAGUAGGCUCGUGUUUACUCGAGUUUCCGGUGCUUGUUUUAUUUGUCUUGUGUUGUUUAUAAGUUUUAGAAUCCCACGUUGAUGAAGGUGAUAUUACAUUAACAUCUAGUGGCAGGUGCAUCAUGUAUCGUUGUAACACUCGAAUAAAUAAUAUUGAAUAUUGAAAGCAGAGACCCAAUGGUUUUCUUGUCUAACGUUUCACUCGCUUAUGAAAAGGCUGCUAAUCUGGUAACUUUCACUGUUUGUAUCUAAUAUUUCCCACGUCCACUAGUUUUGUCCUAUGUGAGACUUGGGUCAGCGUGAUUAUUUUACUAAUUACUACCUGUAAGACAAAAACAUGGAAAACUCAACGAUAUCAACGUAAUAAACACAACUUGUCAAAUGCCGCAUUCACAGACUUCACAGGCUGGCAAACAACUAUAGCAAAUACUAACAAGAAAUUCACACCAUCGGUUUAAAGCCUCUUGAAAUUCCGAAAUGAAAGCGAAGUACGGAGGAGUAAUGGAAGAGAUCGAAACAAUGGUACUUUUAAGGGGUAUAUAUCCCAGACCCACUACAUUUUCGAUUGCUCCGGAAAACGAAACUUGAAACUGCAAAUAUCACGCAACUGAAUAAGCAUGACAAUAAGCUUUAUCGACUCAGUUAAAGAGUUAAUUGGUUACUCCUAAUAUGCAGUUCCAGAGAAAUAAAGCUUAAGCUGAAGUGGUGUAUCGCCAAAAAUUUUAGCAAACCUCGGUACAAGAAGUACCGUUGUUUUGCCUCUUCCUCGUGAAAUUUUGAAAUACCGCAGGCAUGCGGCAAUUACACCCAUUCAAUUAAAAGCCUACUUAAAAAAAUAUUUAGGCUGUUAAGCGUGUUGACGUAAUUGCGCUGGUCAUCAUCCAAUGAGUUGUAAAGCUCAUACCUGACGUAAACUUGGCCGGAAAUAAGCGGAUUCUUUUUGGUUAUAUGAGCCGCUAUGGGAUGAUAAUACGUGUUUGACUAGUCCUGAGUCCUGACUGUGUAUUAGCUGACCUGUUGCAGAAUCUUUUCCGGUUACCCGUUUGUCUACAUGCUUUAUUAUAAUAUUACAGGGUGGAGUUUUUUACUUACCACCCAGCUUAUAGUUAAAGAAAAUUAGAGCUGAGAUCCUGCUUCAAAGUUCUCAGUCAACAGUUUAAUGGUAUUAUGGUAUUUAUUGAACUUCCUGUCACGCUUCUUUCCUUUGGUUGCUUUAUUUGGGAAUUUUAGGUUUUAAAUUGAAAAAAAAUACAGAAAUAAUUGUGGAGGAUUUUUCGACCCUCGACCAUUUACCCUCGACCCUCGACUAGUUACCCUCGACCCUCGACUAGUUACCCUCGACCCUCGACCAUUUACCCUCGACCCUCGACUAGUUACCCUCGACCCUCGACCAUUUACCCUCGACCCUCGACCAUUUACCCUCGACCCUCGACUAGUUACCCUCGACCCUCGACCCUCGACCAAAAGGCAAACUCCUCCCAAGUAGGGUUGCGAGUAGUGUAUAAGGUAGGGUAGGGUUGGCUAGAGACUAUUAGUAAGGGCUUAUAAUCAGAAACUGCGCUUUUAUUGGAUUGUUCGCACUGGUGACUCAUUUAACUUGAAGUUUACUCUGAUGACCAAACGAUUAUUUUAAACUUGAAAGGAAUUCUGCUGCCUCAUACAUACUUACACAGAAACCUCCUUAAGACCGUCACUAUUUUGCUGCUAAAAUUCCCUUUAUAUUUUCCUCUUAGAAAUAACAUUUAGUGUUUAUUUAUUUGGAGAAGGUAGGCGGCAAUUUUAUUUUGAGGCACUUUUGACGAAAAAAAACGUCUAAGUCCCUAUGACAUAGCUCCUCUGACAUUUGAUGUCAGAGAAAAUUUAUAGGUAUUGCAUGUAACAAGAAAGCGUCAAAGCAAAAUCCUAACCCAAAUUUAGCGUGAAGUGUUAACCGCUUUCUCGCCCGACACAUUACGCUAGUUAACCUUAAAAUCCAGUCCCAAUCUCGACAGAAACGCGAGUCCCGUUUGCUACUAAACCGACUUGAAAAAUGCUUCUCGGGCCCUAAAUGUUUUCAAGAGUUUUGAUAAACGUACGGUUGCAAAGUUGUAGGGAGCUCUGAGAAGAGAACGUCAGCAAUUUAUUUCUGGUCAACUUAGACUUAGACUCUUAGCCGUGGACGUAACGAAACUUUAGCUUGUGUUGAGACUCAUCGGUCAUUGAUACGUCAAACUUUGACCAACUUCAUCUUACAGAUGGGGUUAUUAUUAUUUCCUUUAUGACAUUUUCUGUUUUACCAUGUGAGUUUUAGACGGGUCAGUUUGAGGGAGUUGUGACUCAUGUGUUAGCUCAUCUACGGUCAGCGUUUGAUCGAACAUCUGACAUCUAACAGUCGUCCAUCACUAUCAAUCAACAAAAGUUAUUUGCAAUUGAUGAGCCACGUUUUACCUGGAUUCAGUGCGCAUUCUACUACGGCUGUACAUCAUGUUCAAUGAGGAAUCUACGGUGGCCCAUAUAGAGGACAUUACAAUUUUUUUUUUCGUCAAGUUAUCGUGCGAUUUAGUUUACUUUGUCUGAGAAAGUUCGAGCUCGCGAUAGUUUUCUUUGACUGAAAAAUUUAUCUUUUUAAACCUCGAAGAUCAAGCAAGUAAUCUACAAACAUGCAGCAUGGCGCACACGUGUUUCGCUCUGCUAGUAAUCUCUGUGCUAUUUGCGUUAAUUCAUUUAUCAAGCGCCGUCCUACCGCCUUUUAUCGGUGAUGAUUUGCAUCAUGAAAUAGCUAGCGGAGAGAGACGAGCUAAUCAGGAGUUACUUCAGUAUGGGUCUGAAUUAUUCUGAAAUACCAUUCUAAGCAAAGUAAAAAAAGGUACAAUAAUAUAAAAUAAAAGAUUUUAUUUCGGAUCCAAAGUUUUCAUCCAACCUACAUGGAUUUCAUCAUCCGGCAUAGCUGUUUUUUUCCGACUCCACAGUUUUUUUCAAAUGGAUGCAAGGUUUUUAUUCCUGAGAUCCAAAAUUCUUGCUGGGGAUCCAAAGUCAUUACGCCGGAUCCAAGGUUUUACUUCAGGAUCCAAAGAUCCAAUCCAAUAUAAUAUUCCGAUACUGGAAUUUGAACACGUGGCAAGUUUAAAAGACUGUUGCUCGAAAUUCUUGAAUCAAGGAAAGAAUUUUUUCUGUGCCGGUGUUUAAGAUCACUUCUUAUGGCAGAACGGCAACAAAAUCAGUAGAUCUAAUUAGCAAACAAAAAAAAAUUCACGUGCAGCACUCAUUUUUGUAUUUUUAAACAAACAUCAAAGCCAAAAAGUUCUUGCACAGGCAAUCCAGCCAGAAAAAAAUUCUUUCGAGGCAAAAAACCCCCCCCACCCCCCAAUUACUUUUCUAAUGGUCCUUCCCUAACUGACCAAGUGACCCCCAGCAGCUCACCACUCAAAACAUAAACGGGAUUAAAAUGUGGCAAUUUAAAUACAAUAAUAAGUCAAUCCAUUAAACGGAUAAACUUCAAAGCUUGAUGUUCUCUUGAGUUUUCUAUAAUUGUUGACUGAAUUAAAAAGAUUUCGUCAGUCUUUGCUUCUCAGUUUUGUCACACAAGAAGUUUCUAAAGUAGUCAGCAUAUCCUUUAGGAAUAAGAUCUUCUCCUUCAAGUAUCUCAUCGAGAUAAAUUUGGCUCGGUUUUAGCCCCUCUUUAACAUACUUUUCAUAAGCUUGAUACGCUGUCGCAUCCACGAUUUCGCCGCUUUUUCGUUCCACCUGUACGUUCACUCUCCGAAGCCUCCCUGCUUCGUGUUCAUCUAACUUGGCUAAACUUCCUUUUAAGCAGAUGUACAAGGCACCAUAAACGGUUGACUCCUUAUCUGGGAUAAUAUUAGCAUAACCAAAGCCAUCGUCUUUCCAUAUGCAGAAUACGACGCGAAAUCCUUGAAGCACUGCGCUUUCGCGAGAGAUGAACCUAGUGCCGCGUUCCCGCAUUUUUCUUGCGCUCAGAUUUGACCCAAAAGCAAAGUAAAGCUCUGUUUCUUCCAUAGGUGUACAGUGUCCUUGACUGUUUGAUACCAAGCUGUGGUCGCUGAUGAAAAUGAGUCACACUUGAUCGCUCUAGUGUGCGAUGAUGCUCACAGUUGCAUCUCAUUAGCUCAUUAGCUGUCCCAGGCGUUUCAAAGUCAUGGAGUGACGUGAAGGAGAGUGUAGCCUGCGUAGCUGGCGGGAUUAUUGUGCCUGGGGUACUUUCUUGGCGGCGGACCUGCCAUUCGAAACGAGUGAAAGGUGAAAAUCCCUAAUCUUCACGCGACUUCGCCGCCAAAAAACUACAGCACUCGCGGCUAAAUCACCAGCUACGCAGGCUAAGGAGAGUGUGAGUCUCCGUUCCCUUCUUCGUGCCGAUCCCUUUCCUUUCUUCUCUUCAUGAGUCACCACUUUAUGAAUUUGGCACCCCAUGUAUGGUAAUCAUCCUAGAAUACGAACAGUCUCUCUUUUUUCUUAAUAGUCCGUCGAGCAAAAGGCGCGAGACAAGCAAAUGAACAUGCGCAUAAAUGAAGGCGCGAGAAAGGAGAGCACGUUCCUCGCCUCUUUCCUUCCGUCUUUCGCGCGCGCGCACUUCCCUCACUAAAUCGGAAGAAAAAGAGAGACUGCUCACAGUUUAUAAUCAUCCGGAAUCGGGGAAAUUUUUGAGUUUGGAAUCCGGAAUCCUGGGCUUUGGAAUCCCUAAUUUAGCUAAAAAAAGAAAUACGGAAUUCUGCUGCCGUUAACUGAGAAAAUGCUUUUGAACAAAAGAAAAACAAACCCAGAUUUUGGAUAUCUCAAGGAAUUACGUCUUGCACAAGACUCUUUGCAGAUGAUAUGAAGGUGGAUAGGGUACUGAGGGACACUAAGCAAGAUGUGGAAGAACUCGGCAGAAAGAUCUUACUCGUUUGGAAUAUUGGGGCAAUUGAGAUUUAACACUGAUAAAUGCGAAGUGAUGCGUAUUUCUAAAAAGACAAACACCGUCGUCUCAAGCUGAGGAACCUGAAUUGAUUUAGUUAUUGGAAAUCAUGCAUUGCACACGCAAUCUACAGAUUAGUCAGGUAUCCGCUAGCAGAUAACUAACUAAUCUGUAGGUUCUGUAGACUAGGUUGCACUGAUUUCCAAAAUUAGCUAUAGGCUUUUAGCCAAUGAAAAGACAGAUAGUGGUUAUAGGUGGCCAAGAUUUUGGAAAAGGGGAAAUAAUUAUUUUCAUCCUGGAGUAGGCCUGGGGAAUAGUUUCGAAGGCUCGAUCAAGAGACAAGCUGUACAGCGGUCAUAACCUAAAGCACAGGAAAAUUCAAGAUGGAGGACGGUAAGCGUGCUUUCCCACUGGCUUAUUGCUUAAAUUUAUCCUUAAUUUGUCUCUAUUCAAUGUAAAAAAUGUUUUCUUUAUGUUAUUAAGUCUUUGGUGAUAUUAUUUCACGAAAAUGAAACGUUUGCAACUGUACGCGGCGUUGAUUUUCACCUUUUUCGUGAUUGUUGGUCUGGUUUGCAGCGGUAUGUCGAUGAGUUGUUCUUCUGAUUUCAACUAAUCUCACUAGUAUUACCUAUCCUUAAGGGUUACUUCAAUUUAUUAUUGGGUUCAAGUGCUAGCAGAAUUUCUGCCACUACUCUCAUAAGUAACCAUGAAAAAUGUACCUUUUUCCUUUGUAAAUAUCAUUUUCGGUUUACGAAUUUUCUCAAAAUUCUAUCAGUAUGAAAUGUAUUUCUUUUAGUUGUUGACCAGUUGUUUAGCUCAGUUUCCAUUGGGAUCAUUAGACCCUUUAUCAGCCGCUCCUUGUGAAUUUCACAGUACUUGACACUGAACAGCUUACUCGUGGCGGCUUUUUUCGUUUUCUUUGAGGUUUAUAGGUUUACCAAGAUUUAAUUUGUACUAAUUGUACUUUUGCAUUGCUUUUUCAAAAUGAUCUGGCAUCGCUUUACUUUGUUAAUUUUUUGCUCAGCAUAUCUUGUUAGUGCUUAUGAUUUAUUUUAAAUCUAGCUAUUCUUAGUGCUCUGUAUCUGUAUUUUUUGCAUAUAUCCCCUGUAUUUUGGUGCUUUUGCUGUAACUCUUAUUGGUAUAAUAAACAAUUAUUUCUUUGUUAACGUAAAGUUCCCUGAGCACAUAUGCAAGUGUAAUUAGAAAAAAUAAUUUUAACAAAAUGAUCUAGACAUUAUCUCUGUUAGUGCCUGGAAAAAUACUUGUAAAUCCAUGACAAAAAGUUCUUUAUACAUUGUACCAAGGUGAAACUAACCUUUUAGUUUUCUAUGUUGUUUUGGUAGAUCUUGAAUUGGAGCAUGAGGGAGCAGCCCCAGGAUCGACCUCACAGCCAGUUAGGCGAAACAUUUCUUUAAAACUGAAAGCAAAGAGCAAGUCAGCAAGCUCAUUGUCAUCUGGGAAAAGCAAGAAAAAGGAAGGAAAAAGUGGAGAAAAGUCUAGGACAGGAUCUGAAGGUAAAGAAGCCAAUUUUCUUUCAACGUUGUACAAUGUAUGUCUGGUUUUAAGCCUUGCUGUCAUGUUGUUUCCUUAGACAAGAAACGUUAGUCCACUUUGUCUCUUCACCCAGGUGUAUAAAUGGGUACCUGAGGCAUGCUGUGUGAAGUUUGUUGAGAGACACACACUCUUGAGCAUCUCUGUCAAUAAGAGCCUGAGACAGUGGAUUCCCUUUGGCUACUAUGAGCAUGAUCCCUGGAUACUUUCAUAAGAAAAUGGAAUAUAGAAUAUAGAACCAAUACAGUGUUUGAAAAAUCUUGAAGUCCAGCUUGUCCUUGGGGCAAGCAGCUCUCAUAUUUUGCUUGGUUAGAGCCACCUCUUCCUUGUCUUAGUUAAUGAUUUUAUUAGAGGAUCAGUUGUUUUUACCUGGGUUAGUGAGCCUUAAAAGUUACUUGUCCAGCAAGAAAAUCCACGUGACCAGGACUACUGGAUGGGACUUGUUUUGAGCCCUGCAACAGAAAUUUGUUGCUGUUCAUUUCCCUGCCUACAUAGGAAAAACAACUUGAAAUCUGAGCAACAGCCCUGCUUGAGGAAAUAAGCAACAUUGACAAGUUUUUCAUUUUUCUGUUAAUGUUUGUUUAUUCAAAAGAGACAAUCAAUAUUACAGUGGAACCUCGAUAUAAUUAAACUCUGUAUAACAAAGUCCGGUGUAACGAACGAUUUUCUUUACCCCAGUCGUAGUAAGAUAUGAAAAAGAACCUUGAUAUAAUGAAACCUCGUUGAUAUGGUAAACACAUUUUGCCAGUCGCCUGGCCCUUCGUUAAAUCGAGAUUCCACCGUACAGAUGUUUCUAGAACCUUCUGGAAAAACCUAAUUGGAAAAACAGGUUUUUCAAGAAUGGUCUUUUUGUUGUUACAUCUUACCUGUUUUCACCCUUUUGUCACUAACUGAUCUGUCCCGGAGUUCUCUUGUAUUUUGGCUCAUAAAGUUUUUGAAAACUUCCAAAGCUCUGGUAAAUUUAUUAAGUUGAAUGGCAACAAGGGUGUCCCUGUGAUGAGCAAGUAUCCUAUCCAGAGAGGUUAGCCAUACUCCUACAGAGUAGAUUCCUCAUGCUACAGAAAUUAUGUUAAGCUCUGGAUAGUUGGGCCUCAAAAUGUAGGUCUGCCUUUGCCUGCUUUUGCAUAGAGUUACACUGCUCUAUUGGAUGUUAAUUCUUGACUUCAGUUGUACUGUAAUUUAGUGUGUACUGUAAGUGACAAAAUUCUAUCCUUUAAGUAAAAUUUCUUGUAUUGUUUUUAAAGAAUUUGUUAUUCAUGUGUAUCAUCUGGCAGACAACUAUGAUUUUUUGUAAUGGAAUAGAAAAAGAGUUGUUUAUUUGUUUAAACAAAUCCUGGUCAAAAUUUUUUGAUUAUUUAUUUUUUCCUGGAUUUGUGUAAAAGUUGUUCAGGUAGAGGUCAUAGAGUAUAGUUAGGUUGUAAUGACAGGUUGUGCAGUUUUCAGAUGAUAAGAUUCAAGUAAAAUCGAGUAAACUGCAUAUGCAACAUUUCACUAGAUUGUUAAAAGUCGUCUUAGCUGCAAGAUUAUACUUUUUGAAGCCCUGGAUAGUUAUUGCCAAGGAGCUGCGAGGCAAGAGCAUAAUAAAGCCCUGUGCAAAAGUUCCAAGGCAUAAUGAAUCUCGAAGUGAUGUAACAUCGGUCAUGUUGAAACGCAGACCAUGCAGACUGCAGACUGCAAACUGUGCAGACUGUGCAGACUGAGUGUUAUUUUUUUACUUGUACCUUAAUGUUCUAGUAAAAUUUUUACUAUAGUUUCCUGCUUCCUCUCAUUACAUGUAUGUAUGUGCACUGUGCAUCACCAUCAUAUGUGCACUGAUGUGUACCUGCAAGGGUCAUGGGUAGGAAAUGAGAAAAUCACGGGCUCAUGUUUACCGGCCGAUGGAAAAGCAGUUUCGCGUGCUUUUAGCUGUGCCGCUUUCACGCAGGAGCGAGCACAAUGGAGGAAGGUAAGCUGUUUCUUUCUGUAACUGUAUUAUAUUGCCACAAUUAUUUAUUUUUUUAGUAGAAGAAGCUUUCUCUGGUUAAGUGACUUAAAAUAAAACCCUUUUCGGCUUCCGACAUUUCCUCAAUUUCCUUGAUUGUUGAUGAUCGUCUUUGGUUUCACUCUGUAAUUCAAACCGGUGACUUGCGGUCAUUUCUUCAAAUCUUACAGAUACCAAUGUCAUCAUUGUUAGCUCGGGAUAUCAAACUGAGACGUUUGAGAGAUGGGCCUUGCUUUAAAAUGUGUAAAUAAAUCAACAGUACAGUAUAUCUACCUAAAAAUAAAUAUAAUUCUGAUUUCGACGUGUUUGGCGGUUCCAUAAGUGUCAGAAUUAAGAGAAGAAGGGCAGCGACUUGAAACUUCUCACACAUAAUAUUCAAUAAAAAUUAAGACAAAAUAAACCUAAAAUACACGGCAGGGGAUCUAGUUCAAUGCGCAUUAAAACCCCCUCCACAUCCUCGAGUUGUACAAAUAAUACAUUUGUUACUAAUGAACUAUUUAGUUUUGGAACUGCAUAAACAAGAACCAUGAUACUCGAACAAGAUUGUCGGUUUCAAACCACUACCACUUAUUGGCGUGAAUGCAUGGAGCAAAUACAAUUGUCAGUCCCCAGUGAAAACUCGCCCAGAAGGACACUCUUGAGAAUUGAAUAAAAAAAUACAUAAACAAAAGUCUUACCGAAUCUUCCGAGCUAGCAACGAUGACAUCGGUAUCUGUAAGAUUUGAAGAAAUGACAGCAAGUCACCGGUUUGAAUUACAGAGUGAAACCAAAGACAAUCAUCAACAAUCAAGGAAAUUGAGGAAAUGUCUCUCUCGUAGCCGUUGUAGGAAGCCGAAAAGGGGUUUAUUUUAAAUCACUUAACCUGAAAAAGCUUCUUCUACUAAAAAAAUUUAAAUAAUCAUGGCAUAUAAUACAGUUACAGAAAGAAACAGCCUACCUUCCUCCAUCGUGCUUGCUCCUUCGGGAAACUAUAGUAAAAAUUUUACUAGCAAAUUAAGGUACAAGUAAAAAAAAGUAACACUCAGUCUGCACAGUCUGCACAGUCUGCACGGUCUGCAAUCUGUAGUCUGCAUGGUCUGCGUUUCAACAUGACCGAUGUAACAUAGUAGUGUAAGGUAACUUCUAUGGUGUAAUGCAGAAGAGAGAAUGCAUUGUUUCUGAGCAAACAUGUGCGCAGAAUAAUGCAUGAGUGCAUUCCAUGACAGUAAAUGACGGACACAUGACUAACCUGCAGCAUGCAUUCUCAUAAGUUAUGGUAAUUCAUAACAUUUCUGAACAAAUUGAACAGGGUGUGCGUAUAAGUAAAAUCGUUGCUCAUUGGCGCUUAGUGAUAGCUACAUGUAUAACAAGUUUUCUUCUUAUCUAUUUGUCAUAUCUAUUAGGUGAUAAGAAAAGUAAAAGGAAACAGAAAUCCCCUGGAACAGCUGCAGCAGCUCAAGUGGUUGUCAUGAAAGAACUCAAGUGGGAUCAUCAAGUAUGUACUAUUAAUUUUAUGAUUUCUGCUCAUUCAGCCCCUAUUUGCAGGGUGUAAAGAAAGUCAGUUUUACAGCCUGCCAUUCGAGCAAGCUGUAGCAAGCAUUAAUUUACUAGCUAGCCCAAAAGUCAUUUCAGCUAGCCCCAAAACCCUUUUUGAUUAGCAGGAUUGAUUACAAUCCUUCUGUAAUUUGAAUUUCCCCAAAGCACAGCACUUGCCUGUUGGGCAAGUUAAGAACAAAAUUCACUAGCACGAUGCGAUAGCAAAAUCCACUAGCCCUAGGAUAUCGGACUUGACUUUCUUUGCAGACUGUAUUUGUAAGUCAUGAUCAUUCACGGUAACUAACCUAAUAGAAGUCCACUUCUACAUAAACACCCCCUCAACGCUGUUGAAAUUACAUAAACACCCCCUCAACGCUGUUGAAAUUUUAUUAGAUGCCCCUGUCUAAUUCUUGGCUUGCACAUGACGUCACUAAAAAUCAAACUAAGAAACUAUCGAUUCUUCUUGGUUCCAAGGGGUUCUUCGUUUUGUGAGAGAGGACGCUUGAAUUUCCAGGCUUUUGCGUGACGUGGCAUUAAGCUGAUGGCCAGAAAAACUCUUAUGUGGGUUAAAAACAAUUACCAAGUUUGGGAGAUUUGCUAUCUAAACAUUCCUUGUCUCAGAAUAAAUAUUACUUUAAUCUUUAUGAGUUCCUCAAGCAAAGAAUUCACACAUUAGUAAGAAAACUCGAAAACAGAUGUUUCUGUUGGUAUCCGGCGGCCAUAUUGGUGUCUCUGAAAGGGACUCCCACAUCGUGUUUUCAUACAAAGCUUUAUAAUUAUUUAGGUAAUUAAUUGUUUUUCCGAAUAUCUCGCAUUUGAAAUAUUGUACAAACUUGAUUUUUGGCAAGACAUUUUGUAUAUUUGUCUUCUUUCAUUUCCCAGAUUCUAGAUGUUAUGUAUUGAAUGGUUUGCAUUUUUAUUUUUCAUUGUGUGACAGUGCACCGAGAAUAGGUAGAUGGCUCCCCAUGAGAGUUACUCCAAAAUACUAGGAAUAAGCAGAAAGGUGCAAAAUCAUUCAAUUCAUUCAGUUUCUUGCUUGAUUAACAAGGGUAAAUGUGUAUUUUAUCUUGUUCAAUGUCAAGUUAAAAAUGAGGAUAGACUAAUGAUGGCUACGCAAUAACAACGAAUGUGGAUUCUAACAUCGAUGUUGGGAUUUGAAAAAGAGCGAUAUGGAUCUCUAGAGGGCCUAGACGUAUCAAUUGAUGGAGUGGAUAUAUCACUAUUUUUAAACUCUCUUGAUAUUUUUGCCAAAAGCAAGUUAGUUUUGUUGAGCUUGUUACAGUUACGAGAAUAAAUGCCUCUGUCAUUUAAAUUGCCUCCUACAUGUAUCUAUUAAACGCCCCCACUUGGACCCCUAGAGUUAACUAGACGCCUUGGGCAUUUAUUAGGUCAUUUACAGAAGACCCCAAAAUUAAGUCAUUAAUUUUUUAUUAUUUUAGCCCCAAACAUAACUUAGGCUCUUACGUUUCUGUUAUCAUAUCAGUUUGUCAUUCAAACAAGACAUUUAGGUUUCAAAAUAGUUUAGCUUAUCCUCCUGUCUUCCUCACAGAUUUGGCCUAUUGGGCAAAAAGUGCAAGAUCCACUUUGUGAAAAGUGCUCCUUCCCAAUCCUUGUUUGUAACAAGACUAAUUACUUAUGUUAUUAUUUACUUAUCAGCGCCGUAGCUAGUAUGAGACCAACCGAGGAACUCGCCUCGGUAAAAUUUUGACGAAUUUCACCGAUCAUUUUUAUUUUACAUAAGCGAUCAUCGGAUAUUUUUAACGCAUCAUGAUAUUACAAAGAAUUCAGCAAUUCAGUCAAUAUACUAUGAAAAAUUAUCAUAUCAUCGAUCUCAAGGGGCUACAUACGUUAACUCCAAUUUUUUUUGAACAAAUACUGAUCAAAACCAUUGGCGAGGUUAACGGUCACCCAGAUUAUGUAGCUUGUUUCUGAUUAUUGCUUUUUAAAUUCCACUUAAAUUAACUUGAAAAAAAGUUACCGAAAGGCCCAGAAAACGCUGCAAAUCGCAUUUCCGAGAGACUAAAGUUCAAAAUUUCGAGGGGGGGGGCAUGCCCCCGAACCCCCCUAGCAACUCCCGCCUGCCUCGUCGGUUGGCUGUUUGGUCUGGCUACGGCACUGCUUAUGUACUCGUCUUAUUAACUACCAGCGUGCAAAGAAAGUCAUGUCCAAUAGCCCGGUGAGCCGACUAGUGGAUUUUAAUAUUGUUAUCAGGCUAGUGAAUUUUGUUCUCAAUUUACCCUAUAGGCAAACAAAUUUCUUUUAGGAAAUUCACAUUACAGAAGAACUGUAAUCAAUCCUGCACUCAUGAAAAAUUUUUUUCGGCCUAAUUAAAAUGACUCUUGUAUAGCAAUUCAAAAUAAUCGAAAAUGAUAAUUUUUCCCUGUCUUGUUGUGCAAUGUCCUUUAGGUCUCAUCAUGUUUGGAGGGGAGUUUUUGACAAGUUUUGUCCCAGAAAUUGGGGUUCACUAACGUAUGAAAGAACAUGGGAAAGAUCCACUAUGGAAAAUCAAGUAUGAACAACAUUUUAUAUAUUUAAGAAUUUCCUUUAUUAAGAGUCAAAGUGAUGUUAUAAAGUCAUUUGGUUGGUAAGACCAAGUGUGAAAAUAAUAUUUUUGACGAGAAGAGUUUGUAUUUUCAGGUAUACUUCUAAUGGAAGUACACUAUUUUCUGCCUGAGACAGAGGAGCUGUUCGCAAGUAAGUCAUAUUCUGUGGUAAUUGGCAUUAGUGAUCUCUUGACUAGCCAUUAACAAUAUUAAUUUGCAACUAUUCUUAUUAAAAUCAACCAGAUGUCAAUUACUGUUAAAUGUCUAAAACUUAGCUCCUAUUAUGUAGCCACCCCUCUUUUUAGCCAGGACUACUGAAAUUAUCAGUAAAUCAUUGAAAACAGAACAUCUGUUAAUAUUACUGUCAGCGCUUACCCUGAAGGCUUAAUUAUCAAUCAACAGAGGUUAGACUGUAGGCCUAGGUACAACUUGUUAUUUUUAAUAAUUAAAUUCAAAUCUUACUUUGUAGCUGUCACUUUCUUCAAAAAAAAUUCAGCCCUAUUAAUUUCAGUGAAAUUGUGAAAUGUCUGUUGCUAUAACAAUGUUGAACUGUGCACACAUUAUGAGCCGGGUUUCUUUAAUUCUGCUUCCAAAGCCAGUUGCAUAUUUGUACAAAAUCAACCUUAAAUUUAUAUAAUUAUAUAUUUUUGGUCUGUGAAUUUGAUCAAGAUUGUUCAUAAUUUGUUCUUACAGAUAUCGACGUUUUCCUGAUCAUCACGAGUUUGUAGAGGAUUUGUUCUGUCACUCAGAUGCUGUGGAGGACAUUGAUAUUUCACCUUAUGAUGAAUGUAUCUUUAGCUAUAUGCAUUUUAAAUGUACUUCUAAUGCUCAGCAGACAUGAUUGUUCAUAGCCUUAUAUAACAUAACCAACAUUUUAGGAUGCCACCUACAGUUUCUUUGCAAAGUUAUAUCUGAGAAACGAGCAUAGAAAUUCUGUUAUACUGAUGAUGUGUCACUACUCUCUACCCAGAUGUAAGUACAGGUAGUGGCCAGUGCCGGAUCCAGACCUUGAGAUAAGGGGGGGAGGGGACCCGGUCAUCCAGACCCUUACAUAAGGAGGGGGUGGUCUGGUCUCCCAAAAAACGUUUUUUCAGUCCUCAGUUUGGUUUAAAAAUAAGGGGGGGGGCCCCCUAGGCUCCCCCCCUGGAUUCGCCCCGGGUAGCACAUCAUCAGUAUAGAAUUUAAGAAUAUUUAUGGAGAUCAGUCUGGAGAAUUUGUAGGUGGAUAUUGGGCUUAAAGGGGUAAGGGCUUUGAUAUACCAGUGGUACAUCCUCACUUAAAAAUCCACAGGAAGAGUAAUCUCUCUCAUUCCCUAGGUUGACUAUGGUUUCAUUUUGUUCUCCUUAAUAUAACUUUCUUAAAAGAUUUAGUAACAGCAUCAAAGGACCAAACUGUUGGUGUAUAUCGACUGGGACCACCAAGUCACGGCAUCACAGAGUAUGGAGAGAUAAGAUAACAACAGAGUACAUACCAGCCUUCUGUUGACUGCCUGCAAUCACCUAAAGAUCCAAAAGUCAGGGUCAACCCCUGAGGAAAGGGGUCUGAAAAUUCAGGGGUGUUGGAUUUUGUAUAAAAUGUACUGGAUUCUUAAUGGGAUGUGGCCAUCAUUGUUGACAUAUGCAAGCUAUAAUCAUGGAAAGGAAGCCAUCAAAUUAUCAUAGUAUAAUGGUGGUGACUCUCAGUCCACAAAAAAUAGCCUUGGCCAGUCACAUGUAGUAAGCUUGUUUGCCAUGUUUGAUCAGAGGCCUACUCACUUACAUUUGGGGAAAAGUGAGAUAUUAUGCAAUCUGAAUCUGGAAUAAAGACUUCUCAAGCUCAUUAAUAAUUCAUAAUUCAAGCCCACCAGUCAACACCUGUAUACUACAUCACAUGGAUGUGUUUGGAUACCCAAUGAAAAAGUAGAUGAAAAUCUUUAAAGAUUUGGAUACAUUAUCCAAAUGUUGACUGAUUCUAGAAAAAUCAUGUGACAUGAAUAAAUUAAUUCUACGUAAAUAAUGUCUCAUGCAAACAACAAACAUUUAUUUCUUUUAAAGAAUGUUACAGAAUAGUUGGGUAAUUCGGAAUGUCCCAAAACUAUAGGAAGAAACAACACAAGUUGCACGUAGUUAAAAUGCAAAGCACAAAUAGAACCUUUCAAAAUCAGUUGAAAUGAUACUUUUUGUCACUAACAGCCAAUGGAUUUAAUACAUCCUCACCAUUUUUCUCUACCAGGAAACGUUUUAAGCCACAGACAAUUGGCUGUAAAGCAUCCGAGUCUUGCCAUUCUAGAAAAAUCUGUAACGCUCAUUUGUUCUUGUAAACUGUAGAUUUCAGAACAGAAUUGAUAACAAGCUCUUUUUGCUCGUCAAAAGUUUUGGGCAUCUGAAACGUUGAACUUGAUUCAUCCAUGUUGCACAAAAAGUGAAUAUGAUAAACACUAAAAUAAUUAAGUUGGAUGACUCCCAAAUAAUACAUUCCAUCCAAACGGUUGUUAUCACAUUCAGACUAUAGCUAUUGUUUAAUCACCAUAACGAAACAACAAUAAAUGAAUAAUGAUAGUCAGCCACUUGUUUAACAAACUAUACCAAAAACUCAUACUCCAUGCUUCAUCAGGGUAUCCAGACACCUCAAAACGAUAACAGCAGUCGGCCUUCAGCCUCGUGCUUUCAUCUGUUUCUCGAUGUCUGGAUACCCCAAUGAAGCCCUCGCACUCGUUUUUGAUAUAUUACUUAAAAGUUAAUCAGCAAGUGAUUAUACUAUUAAUUUUGAUAAUUAUCCCUAGUAGCCUAGGUGCAGUUACUUAUUCAUUGUUUAGCAAUCAGUCCAGUACUUUAGGAUUUUCCAGGUGCUAGCCUUAAAAGAAAUCAGUCUUAAGGAUGAGGAUAUUGUUGUUAAGAAGCUUGCCCUUACUCAGGACUGGCACCAAGGGCUGGGGGCCAGGGCUACUAUGAGCAUGAUCACCGGCUACUUUUAUAAGGAAAAAAAGAAAAACAAAACCCACCAAGCUUCCCUGGCUAGUUCUUUAAUUCCCCACCACCUACUAAUUGCAUAUACCCAGCAAGUUGAAAUCUUAGUGCCAGCCCUGCCUUACUGUUAUUUGGAUCCUCAGAAACCUUCCAAGAAGGAUGUUGUCUGGAUUACAAUAUUAAUAUUACCCUUAGUGGGUGUAACACAGUAAACACAAAAAGUGUAAUACUAAUUAUUAAAGAGUUCCUUACAAUGAAAAUUGGGUAUAAACUUUAUUUCAUGUUGGAGAAAACUAAGAAAAAUGCAACUAAUAUUUAUCCUAUUCUAGACUUUGCCACUCAGAGAUCAGUCUUUUAUUUAUGCAAAAUAUUAUUCUUAUGUGGCACAGCCUAGGCAAAUAGGCAGGCGUACCCCCCGUAUUUUGGUUUCAUUUUUAGCCCAGAAAUCCCAGGAGUCUUCACAGGCCAUUACGUAGUAGGAUGAUCGCGUGACAAGCACGGGAAACGUUGCGUGACAAACAAAUGAACGUCUGUUUGGCACCCAACUGCUGAUUUCGUUCUUUCUGUGAAGUCUUUUGUGUUCUACUUUUGUCGUCAUUUAUCUCCUUUUGUUCUUAACCCUUCAAGGUUCGUAAGUAUGCUGCGUACUCCUUUGGAAGAAGAUCCUCCCCUUCAAGUAUUUCAUUGAGGUAAGUUUCGCUUAGCUUCAACCCACCUUUGACACAUUCCUCAUUCGCUUUGUACGCAAUCGCAUCUACAACUUCCCCGUUUCUCUUUUCCACUUUAACGAUCACUCGGUGAAAACGAUUGCCUUCAUGAAUGUGCUCGUGAUCCAUUUUACAUAUGCUUCCCUUCUCGCAGAUGUAUAAAGCGCCAUGAACCGCGGAACCUUCGUCUGGGGUGAUAUUAGCGUAACCAAAACCAUCAUCUUUCCAGUUGGCGUUGAAAACAAAGCGAUAUCCGCGAAGCACUGCGCUCUCGCGAGAAGUGAAUUUUGCUCCACGUUCUUUCAUUUUUCUUUCACUUAGAUUUGAUGCAAAAGCAAAUUACAGCUCUUUCCCUUCCAUAUUGUCCUAUGAUCUCCACACAUUCCAGGGUGAGAUGUGUGGCGAAUACCAGAGGGAAACCACGUUGCAAUUUUUCCACCAUUAGGAAAGUGAUGGUGGGUCGAGGGGUUGGAGAAGAAGCAAAGGGAAAAUGUCCCCCAAAAAUUCAUGCGAAUGGCAGGCCGGCGUGUCAGACCCUGCUUCGACACUUUAUUACAGCCGGAGGAAAAAUUUCGUGAGUAGCAACGCGUGACUCAUGGGCACGAUUUCACAUCUACACAGGCUAUAAAUAACCGGCAAACUGAAUGCGGAGCUGGAAAGUUAAAAUGCCUUCUGUUAAGCUCCAGAAUGCAUGCAUACUAGCCACAUCUAACCCUAAACCCCGGGGGUACUCCCAUACAUUACCUAUACGGGUAUGUGCCGCCCAACGGGGUCGUGAUUUUGAAGCUCCUGAUUUAGAACGGGGUAUCCAUUUCAGAGGUAUAAAAAAUUGUGGAUCACGGCUAUAUCUUCUGUUUAAAAUUAUUGCUGAUUAUGAAGAAGCAUUUAUUUGAUGUAUAAGUCGAACAAAUAAAGAAAAUUAUAUCUUUUUUUAAAAAAAAAGGGCUAUUUCAAUUUACAAACUUUUUAGAACGGAGUAUAAAAAUUGGCCCAUUUCUAGAAUGGGGUAUCAGUUUUAGGGCGAAUUCUAGAACGGGGUCUAAAAAAUUUGCCCAUUUCUAGUACGGGGUAUCAAUUUUAGGGGAAAUUUUUUGUAGAACGGGGUGCCAAUUUGGAGUCCCGGGUGGCACAUACCCACCCAAAAAAUACCCAAGUUUCCCCCCCCCCGGCCCUAAACAGCGUCGACUCCUCUAUGCCCAAGAAACCACAACCGCUCAUCUACGAAGCCAUUCUUGUUUUCCUGAUAAUUUUCGCUUGAUAAUUGUGAAUGAAGAUGGAAUACUUUGAAGCGAUUAGAAAAAAGGGAUUUUGUAGAAAUUCUAGAAAAUUUUCUCUGAUUUUCUGACUUCUGGGCAUUUAGUUUUUUUUAAGACCCUUUCCGGCUGCCGAGCAUAUAGCCAAAAUAACUGUAUAUUAUUCGAUUUAAUUUGACCACUCUUCGGACGAUUCGUUUUUACUCCCUCCUCUGAGGGAGUAAAAACUACUCGAAGUAAUCGUCAGAAAUUAAUGCUUUUUUAUGGAUGGCUGCAUUUCGGGCUGGAAGCACCUACGUCACUUUUGUUAACGUAAUUUGAUCAAAAUGAAACUGAAAGCUAAAGGAAGGGAAAAAUCCCAUACGUUUAAUUUGUUUCUUGGAAGAAGGGUUGAUUGUUGCUUUUAACAUAGGUAAGUUUUGGGCAAGUCCAGUUAUUUUGUGAAGGAAAAUGCAAUUGACUUUUACUCUGUGACUCUAAUAUUGUUUUUCUGAUCGCUUGGUAUUUGUAUAGGUAAUAGCAUGAUUAAUAGUGAUAUUUGGCAGAAAUACCAUGAGUGAUAUUUCAAAAUUGUUAUACGUAAUUUCACGAGCCGUUAGGCGAGUGAAAUUUGAGACAAUUUUGAAAUAUCACGAGUGGUAUUUAUGCUAAAUAUCAUGUCCAAAUCAUGCUAUUAUUUGUUUAUCGACUACUACCGCAAAAGGUUUGUAAUUUUGACAUGUAGGUAUCUCAAAUUUAGCUGAAAUACCACUGCUCUAAGCCAAUCAAAUUGCAGAAAUUUCUCAUGUAGUAGUAUAACUAAAUGAAGAUGGAAUACUUUCAAACAAUUAGAAAACGGCUUUUGCACAAAUUCUAGAAAAUAAUGUGACUGCGGGCAUAUAGCCACAGCGUAUUAAAACUGUUUAUUCGAUUUAAUUUGACCCCUCUUUAGUUAAAUUUCAGACGAUUGCUUCAAGUCGUUUCAGUUACUCCCUCAGGUGAGGGAGUCGAAAAUCUGACUUCAAGUAAUCGCCUGAAAUUCAGCUAACCCCUAGCCUCUAGGCUUUGGCACAUUAUGCUAGCAUUAUUUUGAGCAUAAAUAGCAUGGCAAAAGCAUCGAGCACAAUGCCAGCAUUAUAGCAAGAUUUUUGUAUCAUUAAAAAGGAAAAAUUUGUCUAGAGUGAUGAAAUUCACCUAGAAACAGGCAAACAUAUACAUAUUUCAGAGGUUUUAGCCAAAACUAGAGACAGCCUGGGUCUAGUCAAUGUUCCAGUAUGGAUGGCUCAGACAAAAGAAACCAACUUAAACCAGUAGAAGCCCGGAGGGGGGGGAUACUGCCAUAUAUGGGCUAUACCGGGAGGGUACUGCCAUAUAUGGGCUAUAUAGGUAUGUGCCGCUGUGAAGGGUAGGUUUUCAAGCAGUUUACUCUAGGAUAGGGUGAUCAGAGUGUUUGGGUCUAGAAUAGGGUAUCAUUUCUCAGGAAACUGAUCGGUUGGUUGAAGAUUUUAUCUAGACUAGGGAAACAGCAAACAGCUACUCUAGGAUAGGGGGGAUUUGGGGAGUUUACUCUAGUAUAGGGUAGCAAAAUUUAGCUGAACUAGCUCUGGUAUAGGUUAAGGGUUCCAGGAUCCCAGUGGCACAUCCCCACCCAGAAAUUCCUAAAGAACCUCCUCGGGGGCUAUAUAAGUAUGUGCCGCUGUGAAGGGUAUGGUUUUCAAGCAGUUUACUCUAGGAUAGGGUGUAUAAAUCAGAACGUUUAGGUCUUGAAUAGGGUAUCAUUUUUCAGGAAACUGAUUAGUUGGUUGAAGAUUUUAGACUAGGGAAACAGCUACUCUAGGAUAGGGGAUUUAGGGAGUUUACUCUAGUAAAGGGAGCAAAAUUUAGCUGAACUAGCUCUGGUAUAGGUUAAGGGUUCCAGGGUCACAGUGGCACAUCCCCACCCAGAAAUUCCUAAAGUAGCCCCCGGGUAGAAGCAUAGUAACUGAAAAAUUUUGUGUCUGUUUAUAUUGUGUAUGUAUUGAUGGAACUUUCGAGCAUUUUAGCAAGGCCAUAAGGCCCAUUUCAAACGUCGUGCUACUGCCUUGCCGCACUCAAUUGAUCGAAUUAAAUUCGACUUUAGCACGGCAGUAGCGCGGCGUUUGAAACCAAGUCGUGCUACUGCCGUGUAGCACGGCAAGCCUUGCGGUGCUACCGCCGUGCCGAACUCAAUUCAUGAAUUAUAAAUACAUUAGAAUAUAUUUAAAAGUUUGCUAAACCGUUUCUUUAUUUUUGUAUUUUGUUUUUGGCAACAGCCGUUCCAUUCGACUGUCACUGUGUGAAUUAAAUUCGACGUCUGAAACCAAGUCGUGCUAAUGUCGUGCUGCAGUCGAGCUACAGUCGAGCCAGCUUAGCACGGCAGUAGCACGACGUUUGAAACAGGCCUAAGAGCAUAAUAGUAAAAAUUUUGAGCAUUAAGCAUUAGCCAGAAGCAUAUAACCGUCAUAUGGUUUUUUUCGUGGAUGGCUGCAUUUCGGGAGCUAUUUCUGGAAACACUAAGUUACGUGACUUUUGUUGACAUAAUUUGAUCAAAAUGAAACUGAAAGCUAAAGGAAGGGAAAAAUCCCAUAGGUUUAAUUUGUUUCUUGGUAGAAAGGUUGAUUGUUGCUUAUAGGUAAGUUUUGUGCAAUUCCGGUUAUUUUGUGAAGAAAAUGCAUUUGAUUUGUAGACUGACUUGUUUUGCAAAAUAUGAUUUCCUCGUAGACUUUUUCGACGUGACAAAUCAAGCGAACUAUCAACAGUAUCAAGACUACUCGGAAAUUUAUAACUGAGGUAGGCAUUGUAUUAGCUGAAGUUAUACUAGAACUCCUCGGUUCCUUUACCUUAGAACGGCAUCGGGUCAUUUAUCUCGCGGAAACGUUUGUCAAAGCAUGUCUCUGUUUAAUAAGGCCUUGUUGUCUAUGAUCCUUUAGUUCGCAGGGGACUUUUUCAUCGAUAGUACCCAUCAUGAUCAUGUAGGAUUUCAUCUCAGCCAUUUCACUGAUUUAUUAUGCAUACAUGGUUAUCAUCCCACUCUGUAUACAGUUGAACCUUUAUCAAGAGGCCACCUAUUAAGCGGCCAUCCUCCAAAUUCUAUAUGUAGAAAAGAAUUGGAAAUUAAACCUCUAUUGAUCGGGUACCUUUAUUAAUUGAUUGCUGCCACCUUUUUACCGUUCCAACGAGAGUUUUUCCAUUGUUGUCACGUCUGUUAACCGGCCAUCAAUCACAGACAGAUUACUAUGUUUGGCUUUAUUUUAAGAAUAUGAUGAAGGAAAACAGUCCGAAAUAGACGGUGACGACCGAUUGUGGACCAUCGUGUGUUUGUUGUAAAAUAAGGUUUUCUUCUAAGAAAGAUUAUGAUAAUCUAUGACAUGGUUUAUGACGAACCUCUAUUGAUAUGCCAUGAGCGCUACCCUCCAUUAACCCUGGCGUUAAGCGGCCACUUGCUGGUAUCCCGAGGGUGGCCGCUUAAUAAUGGAGGUUCACCUGUCCGUACUACACAGCCGUUUUUAGUGUCGUCACGCAACGCAGCGUUUCGUGACGACACUAAAAACGGCUGUGUGGCAGACUAUACUCAUAGUCAUAUAAAAAUCUUUGAAUACAAAGUCUUUCUAAACCAGCUCAUCCUCGGACGGAUGUAUUUACAAAGAACUUGCAAUCUUCGUAAGUGACGUGACACAAAGAAUUUCCAAGAGAUCAACGUAACAGAGCUAUACUAAGGAAAAUGGGAGGUAAAAAAUAGAAAAAAAGAAAAAUUCCCCAGGUUUUUGCACCUACCGAGUUAGACUUUUAAGAAAAAGUGCGACGGUCAGGAUGUAUCGAGCAUCGAGUGGCAGCAGUUGAAAAGUCGAUUUCCUUCAAUUUUUUGUCAAUAGAUAGCUUUUAGGUAGAUAAGUAAUCUGAAGUAAACUGUUCUCGUAAAAAGCCUUUUAUUUGCGAGAAAAGUUAGAAUAUCCGUUUUUUAUGACCUUAGUUUCAACCUGCAGAGAUUUCCUUCAACUAACCCAAGCCAAUUCCCAGGUAUGUUUUAAAUGAAUGUCUAAAUGUGUGAUUUAAAUAGGAUGAAGAGAAUUUGGAGUUCUAUCACAUGUUAAAUAUUGCCGUCGAAAAUGAGUAACGAACUUAAGUUUUUGUUUGUAUCCUGAGAACGUAUCUCUCAUUUUUAAAUUAUUUCACAACGACGAGCGUCGCUAUUUUAAAAAUACCCUGAAAGUAUCUUCUAGUAAAAGAAAAAUAAUUUUAUUUUUGAUGCAACGUGUCCACAUUUCUCCAUCCGCCUUCUUUUGCAAACAAGAGAAAAGUUGAUGUUAGCAAAUUUCAGGUAAAAAAUUAGGGAAGUCUGAGACUCCACUCGAAAACGACAAAUAAAAGGCUUUAGGCGGGAACAAUCUACAUUAGGUUUCUUAUCUACCUAAAAGCUAUCCAUGGACAAAUUCAUUUUUUAACUCCUGCCACAAAAUUAAGAUUUUGCUCGAUUUUUCUUGACCGUCGCUCUUAAGCUGGAACCGAGCAGGGCAAGGAGUCAGGGGGGCCUUUCCUAUUUUAUAUGAACCAUAAUUAUAGUUUUCUGAAAUUCCACAAGCUUAAAAUAACUGGAGGUAUAGAAAUAUAUAUUCUUUUCGUUUGCUGUACAUUUGUAUUCCGUUACCAAGAGAUUUUAAACCUUAGAAAUAAGUUCACUUUCCGAAAUUUGAUUUUUCUGAAUAUUCCUACUGGCCCGAUUUGUAGUUUGUUGCCAAAAGCUGUAGUAUUUUCAAUGGAGGGUAGAUGAAUGUACAACGACUAGAUACAUAAUAUACACCAUGUUUAAACAAUGGUAAAUCUGGUUUCUUUUUCAUUUCGAUCACUGAUCACCAAAAAGAACGUCUUUUUCCUUUCUUAGGAGAAGACCCCAGUUUAUCAAGUCACAUGAAACAACGAUAAAAAAGCAAGUAGAACGAUCACUAUUUGUGGCAAACCAAAUGCGACUGUGAUCAUGGACAAAAACGAAUAAUAAAAGAGCUAAGAAAUAAGCUUUUACUCAAUGUUUUAAUUUUACUUUUCAUUUUCGUUAUCGUACGUUAUCUUACAUAAAGAGAAAUGGUAUCAACGGAAAAAAACACAGCAUAUCUACACUUUUUUUUCAGAAGAGCUGAAAUAGCAAAGCAAGCAAAAAUUGUGACAAUUAGAACUAUCUUCUGGAAAAGCAGUACGUAGAUUUUAUCUGCAAUUUGUUAGUGGAAUGGCUGCGAAAGGACAAACAGAGGCCACCUGUAAUCUUGGCAAGAUUGCCGAUGAAGUUGGGGAGAGGACAGAAGAAGAACAAGGGAAUAGUACUAUUGGCGACGCCUAUGUUAACUUUAAACAUUUCCAGAAAACCAUAGAGUACCAUAAACGACGCCUCAAAAUUUCCAAAGAAGUGGGAGACAAGGCAGGAAAAGGAAAAGCGUACUGUAAUCUUGGCAACGCCUAUGACAGUAUUGGAGAUUUCCAGAAAGCCAUAGAGUACCAUGAACGACACCUCAAAAUUUCCAAAGAAGUGGGAGACACGGCAGGAGAAGGAAAAGUGUACAGCAAUCUUGGCAACGCCUAUGACAGUCUUGGAGAUUUCCAGAAAGCCAUAGAGUACCAUGAACGAGACCUCAAAAUUUCCAAAGAAGUGGGAGACAGGGCAGGAGAAGGAAGGGCGUACUGUAAUCUUGGCAACGCCUAUUACAGUCUUGGAGAUUUCCAAAAAGCCAUAGAGUACCAUGAACGAGACCUCCAAAUUUCCAAAGAAUUGGGAGACAGGGCAGGAGAAGGAAAAACGUACGGUAAUCUUGGCAACGCCUAUUACAGCCUUGGAGAUUUCCAGAAAGCCAUAGAGUACCAUGAACGACACCUCAAAAUUUCCAAAGAAGCGGGAGACAGGGCAGGAGAAGGAAGGGCGUACUGUAAUCUUGGCAACGCCUAUGACAGUAUUGGAGAUUUCCAGAAAGCCAUAGAGUACCAUGAACGAGACCUCAAAAUUUCCAAAGAAGUGGGAGACAGGGCAGGAGAAGGAAGGGCGUACUGUAAUCUUGGCAACGCCUAUGACAGUAUUGGAGAUUUCCAGAAAGCCAUAGAGUACCAUGAACGACACCUUAAAAUUUCCAAAGAAGCGGGAGACAGGCCAGGAGAAGAAAAAGCGUACUGUAAUCUUGGCUACGCCUAUGAAAGUCUUGGAGAUUUCCAGAAAGCCAUAGAGUACCAUGAACGAGACCUCAAAAUUUGCAAAGAAGUGGGAGACAGGGCAGGAGAAGGAAGCGCGUACUGUAAUCUUGGCAACGCCUAUGACAGUCUUGGAGAUUUCCAGAAAGCCAUAGAGUACCAUGAACGACACCUCAAAAUUUCCAAAGAAGUGGGAGACAGGGCAGGAGAAGGAAAUGCGUACGGUAAUCUUGGCAACGCCUAUGAAAGUAUUGGAGAUUUCCAGAAAGCCAUAGAGUACCAUGAACGAGACCUCAAAAUUUCCAAAGAAGUGGGAGACAGGGCAGCAGAACGAAGGGCGUACUGUAAUCUUGGCAACGCCUAUUACAGUCUUGGAGAUUUCCAGAAAGCCAUAGAGUACCAUGAACGAGAUCUCAAAAUUUCCAAAGAAGUGGGAGACAGGGCAGGAGAAGGAAAAACGUACGGUAAUCUUGGCAACGCCUAUGACAGUAUUGGAGAUUUCCAGAAAGCUAUAGAGUACCAUGAACGAGACCUCAAAAUUGCCAAAGAAGUGGGAGACAGGGCAGGAGAAGGAAAAGCGUACGGUAAUCUUGGCAACGCCUAUGACAGUAUUGGAGAUUUCCAGAAAGCCAUAGAGUACCAUGAACGAGACCUCAAAAUUUCCAAAGAAGUGGGAGACAGGGCAGGGGAAGGAAAAGCGUACUGUAAUCUUGGCAUUUCUUUUAAACAUCUUGGAGAUUUCCAGAAAGCCAUAGAGUACCAUGUACGACGCCUCAAAAUUUCCAAAGAAGUGGGAGACAGGGCAGGAGAAGGAAAAGCGUACGGUAAUCUUGGCAACGCCUAUUACAGUCUUGGAGAUUUCCAGAAAGCCAUAGAGUACCAUGAACGAGACCUCAAAAUUUCCAAAGAAGUGGGAGACAGGGCAGGGGAAGGAGAAGCGUACUGUAAUCUUGGCAUUUCUUUUAAACAUCUUGGAGAUUUCCAGAAAGCCAUAGAGUACCAUGUACGACACCUCAAAAUUUCCAAAGAAGUGGGAGACAGGGCAGGAGAAGGAAAAGCGUACAGCAAUCUUGGCAACGCCUAUUACAGUCUUGGAGAUUUCCAGAAAGCCAUAGAGUACCAUGAACGAGACCUCGAAAUUUCCAAAGAAGUGGGAGACAGGGCAGGAGAAGGAAGGGCGUACUGUAAUCUUGGCAACGCCUAUGACAGUAUUGGAGAUUUCCAGAAAGCCAUAGAGUACCAUGAACGAGACCUCAAAAUUUCCAAAGAAGUGGGAGACAGGGCAGGAGAAGGAAAAGCGUACUGUAAUCUUGGCAACGCCUAUCACAGUCUUGGAGAUUUCCAGAAAGCCAUAGAGUACCAUGAACGAGACCUCAAAAUUUCCAAAGAAGUGGGAGACAGGGCAGGAGAAGGAAAAGCGUACGGUAAUCUUGGCAACGCCUAUGACAGUCUUGGAGAUUUCCAGAAAGCCAUAGAGUACCAUGAACGAGACCUCAAAAUUUCCAAAGAAGUGGGAGACAGGGCAGGAGAAGGAAAAGCGUACGGUAAUCUUGGCAACGCCUAUGACAGUCUUGGAGAUUUCCAGAAAGCCAUAGAGUACCAUGAACGACACCUCAAAAUUUCCAAAGAAGUGGGAGACAGGGCAGGAGAAGGAAAAGCGUACGGUAAUCUUGGCAACGCCUAUGACAGUCUUGGAGAUUUCCAGAAAGCCAUAGAGUACCAUGAACGACACCUCAAAAUUUCCAAAGAAGUGGGAGACAGGGCAGGAGAAGGAAAAGCGUACUGUAAUCUUGGCAACGCCUAUUACAGUCUUGGAGAUUUCCAGAAAGCCAUAGAGUACCAUGAACGACACCUCAAAAUUUCCAAAGAAGUGGGAGACAGGGCAGGAGAAGGAAGGGCGUACUGUAAUCUUGGCAACGCCUAUUACAGUCUUAGAGAUUUCCAGAAAGCCAUAGAGUACCAUGAACGAGACCUCAAAAUUUCCAAAGAAGUGGGAGACAGGGCAGGAGGAGGAAAAGCGUACUGUAAUCUUGGCAACGCCUAUGACAGUCUUGGAGAGUUCCAGACAGCCAUUUACUGUUAUAAAAAAAGUGUCAUUGCCUUCGACUAUAUCAGGGGAAGUCUCAUAUCUGAUGACGAAUGGAAGAUUAGUCUUGCGUGUACGUAUGAUAAUACUAAUUUGAGGCUCUGGGGGCUACAGUUUAAGCAAGGUAAAGUCGUCGAGGCACUUUUAACUGCUGAUCAUGGACGUGCCCAAGCUUUAAAUGAUCUUCUGGAGUUAAAGUAUGGGUUUAAAGGGUUGCCUCGAGAAAUAGGAGCAUUCUCUGCAACAACACCUGACAUUCUUAAUUACCUACCAUCAAAUACAGCUUUUAUAGGUAUUAACGAGGGAGGAAUAGUUCUCUGGGUGAACGAGAAAGGAAACAAAAUCAAAACUAGAAAAACUCAGAUGGAUACCUCCGUCGAAACCUAUUUUCAGUCUCUACUGGAGACUGCACAUGAAGAAAUAGGUGUGAGAGCUGAUGUUAACUGUGAAGAUCGCUCAUUAAGGAACCCAAGCGAUAACAAGUUAGCAGAAAAAAGAUCCAGUAAGCCAAGGUCUCAUUCCUCAUCUUUUGAGACAAAGUCAUUACAAACAUUUUACAAAGUUGUUAUGGACCCUAUAAGAGACUUACUCCAUAGCGAUGAGGUUGUUAUUGUUCCACAAGGACCUCUUUGUUUGGCCCCUUAUGCUGCUUUCAUAGACUUGGAAUCAAAAUUCCUCUGCGAAACGUUGAGAAUUCGCUUAGUUCCCUCACUUUCUACCCUGCGAUUAAUUCAAAAUUGUCCAUCAGAUUGGCACAGCAAGACUGGCGCUCUUCCCGUGGGUACAGGAGGUAGUUUAUGA